GGAGCCGUCGAUGAGAUCCCCAGGAGAUGCAGCCGCAAGAAGCGUUUCGUCGCAGGACUUGGCGGUCAAGCUGGAAGUCGACGUGAUCGAGAACGAAAUAGAGGCGGCGGCAAAGCGAGAGUCACCGGACGCGAACGAAGCUGUCGGACGGCUCGCCGGAGACGCGUCCGGAGGGACGCCCGAAAGAAACGCCCGCAGGCGACGCUUGAAGAAGGAGAAGCCUCUGAGCAAGAGGAUGGCGAGGGCGAGGCUCAUACCGCCCAGCAGGCGCAGCGCGAGAAAGACCGUGACGGGGGCGUCGUCGACGCGACCCAAACUGGAGAAGGCGCCUUCUUCUCCGAACGAAGAGUUCGAGAGCCGAGCCGACGACGAGAACCUGAAGAUGGUCGACAAGUCCCAGCCACCCAUCUGGAUGAGAGUACCGCAGGUAAAGGGCGAAGGCAGCUUCUACAAGUGCUGCGUGUGGGGAUGCCGCGCGGCAGGCCCUGAGCCGUUCACCGGCAUCUGGCUGUUCUCGCUGCCCGCCGACGAGGCGCUGAGGUCGACCUGGUGCGAGAACCUCCCCGUCGACCCCGAGAUCAACAGACCUCUGAGCCCCCGCGUGUGCUUCCAGCACUUCGACGAGGAAGACUUCGUCGUCGUCAGAGGGCGGCCGCGGGGGAUCGCCGAGGACGCUGUACCCAUGCUCAUGAGGAACGAAGAGUUCUGAUACCAUACUUGGUACUUCGACCGCUGGUAGUGCCAGAGAGUAAAAUC